AACUCUAUUGUGAAUCCAAAGAGUCUGGCUCACAGGCGGGUUCCCAUACUCAACUGCUCUCUGUAAAGUAAGAUCCGCUAUUCAAUUGACUACGUGACAGGAUCAGAUCUGCACUGAAAAGUCAUUGAAGAUUAAGUCAAAAAUUCAUGGAUCUGGAGUGGAAUAUUAACUAACGGGUUGAACAUAUGUUAUAAGAGAACUGCGUUUCCAUUGCUGCGCUCACAGUCACAGACAGACAAGAGAGGGACGGACUUGGACUCACGUCAAGAGGUCCACCGACCGAUGCAACAUUAGUGCCAAAAACACUUCAGAAAAUACACAGGAAUGGGGAAACGAAAGGAGCUCAAAUUGGAAAUUCAUGAAAGUGGAAAGACAAGCAAAUCACCGAAACUAUGUGGAACCAACUACCCUGUCUGCAUCUCCUUCAUUGUGGUGAAUGAGUUCUGUGAACGCUUCUCCUACUAUGGCAUGAAAGCGGUGCUGACGCUGUACUUCAUCAACUACCUGCAUUGGGACCAGAACCUGUCCACAGCAGUGUACCAUGCCUUCUCCAGCCUCUGCUACUUCACCCCUGUUCUGGGGGCCCUCAUUGCUGACUCUUGGCUGGGCAAGUUCAAGACCAUUGUUUACCUCUCUGUUGUCUAUGUGCUCGGUCACGUCGUCAAGUCGGUUGGGGCCAUACCGAGUGUGGGGGACUCGACCAUACACAUAGCAUUGUCUAUGGUGGGGCUGAUCCUUAUAGCCUUUGGCACAGGAGGCAUCAAACCCUGUGUAGCAGCGUUCGGAGGUGAUCAGUUUGAUGAAGAACAUACGAACGAAAGGAGGAAAUUCUUCUCCAUCUUCUAUAUGUCCAUCAAUGCUGGGAGUGUCUUAUCGACAGUCAUCACUCCAAUACUGCGAGGUUCGUUACAUUUACAAUCAGUAGAUUCUACUCAACAUCCACUCAAAUGUGUCUAUGUCUUUGUAGUCGUGUUCAUCUCUGGAAGUGGGAUGUAUAAGAAGAGUCCACCUGAGGGGAACGUCUUAUUGGAUGUGUGUCGGUGCCUGGGGGUAAGUCAUUCACCUCUCUCAACAAACAUCUGGAUGAGCUCUAAGUAUGACUCUAAGAGGAAACACUGGCUGGACUGGGCAGAGGAGAAGUAUCCGAAACGUCUGAUCCAUGAGAUUAAGAUGGUCCUGAGGGUUCUGGUGCUCUACAUCCCUCUGCCCAUGUUCUGGGCUCUGUUUGACCAGCAGGGAUCCCGCUGGACUCUCCAGGCCACCCGGAUGAACAUGGCCUUUGGAUCAACAUUCGUUCUGAAGCCUGAUCAAAUGCAGAUGUUAAACGCUCUGCUGAUCCUCAUGUUUGUGCCUAUCUUUGACGUGGUUGUCUACCCACUCAUAGGCCUGUGCAGGAUCAAUCUCACGCCGCUGAAGAAGAUGGCUGUUGGUAUGAUCUUUGCAGCGCUGGCCUUCGGUGCUGCCACCUUGGUGGAGGUCAACGUCAUGAAAACGGUGGUGGAGCCUGCACCUCAUGGACAGUGUCUGCUACAGGUCUACAACCUGGCUGACAGUGACGUCAAACUAAGCAUCCCUGGGAGUAACCUAUUCUCACAACCCAUCAAAUCCUAUGAGGAUCCUCAAGCAUAUCAGCAUCUUGAACUGGGGGGACACAACAAGACCAUCACUGUGGGGAURAAUCACAAUGGACACUUUCAUGAGUGUAGAGAGACUUUCACAGAGCAGAAAGCCUACAGUCUCGUCCUGCACAGCAAAACCUCGGGAAUAGUGUGUCAACUAGCGACAGACAACAUACUUAAAAGUGAAAAAAUGGAAGCAUACCUGAGGUUCAUAAACACGCGGAGUGAGGCUGUGAACGUAACAAUGGCUGGUGUGGACUUUUACAUAGCCGCUGACUAUGGCAUAUCUCCCAAUAAGAGUGUGGAAAGAAAUGAGUAUACACACGUGAGGUGUACAUCAGGCUCACAGGAUUUCUCCAUCAACCUGGGCCUGCUUGACUCUGGAGCUUCAUACACCGUCAUCCUCAAAGGGGGCCCUGGACAGAUCAUUCCCCAGAAGAUGGAGGAUGUGAAGGCCAACAAUGUUCACAUAGCCUGGCAGAUCCCCCAGUAUGCCCUGAUGACAGCAGGAGAAGUCAUGUUCUCCAUCACAGGCAUCGAGUUCUCCUAUUCACAGGCCCCAGCCAACAUGAAGUCAGUGCUGCAGGCCGGCUGGCUGCUGACUGUAGCCUUUGGCAAUGUCAUUGUGCUAAUCGUAGCAGAGGGGGCAGGUCUGGAUCAGUGGAUGGAGUUCCUGCUGUUCGCUGGCCUCCUGGUAGCAGUCUGCAUCAUCUUCUCCAUCAUGGCUUACUUCUACACCUACGUAGACCCUGACGAGCUAGACAAGCUGUUCCCAGACCAGACAGUCAAUGAGGAUGAAGACGAGCUGAAGAAGGACCAGACAGACGACACUAUGUACUUGAACUCCAUAGAGAAGAGCACCAAGAUGUAGUCUGGUGACUGACUUCAGAAUAUUUCCCUCUCAGGAGAUUUGUAAGCCCCUAGUGUGGAAUGGUUUUUGUUUUAUACAUUUYUAAAUUGAAGCAAAGUAUUAAGAUAUGGUGAUUGAGUGUAUUUUACUUGCUGAACCUUACUGUAUGUUGUUAGUUAUUGUCACACCCUGUCUGUGUGUU